AUGCCAUUCAGACAAGCGCUUCAGGGCAUUUUUGACAAGGCAGACAAGGCUUGGGAGGAAUUAACCCACCAAGCCCCUCCGCCGGUACCGUCGGAUAACAGGCCUCCCCCACCGCCUAUUCCAACCUCUAGCAGACCACAGCCAGCUUAUCAGGAUCAGCACUCGCAACCCCAGAUCUACUGGCAGCCCAAUCUACACCCCCAAGCACCGGUAUCCUCCAAUUUUUACCACGAACAGGGUCAACACGGAUGGGGCAACAAUGAGGCACAGAAUUAUAUCGACAGGCCGGAAAAUUCAUUCCAUUCACCGCAGGGCGAUGCGGUGAUCGUGCGCGCUCUAAUCAAUCACGGACAUCCCGACCCAGCCCAGAAGUUCACCAGUGCCAGACUAUCCAGCCACCAGACCCUCAGCCGACCACGGGGCUGUCUGUCCGCCAGGAUCACGGCGCCCGUGGCCCGUGGUAUCUGGCCCGCCUUUUGGCUGCUGCCUAAAGACCCCUUCAAGUGGCCCGAGGAUGGCGAAAUUGACAUUAUGGAGGCGUGGAACGGCGAUGCUGUCAACCACACGUGUCUGCAUUGGGGCCACUUCAACGGUGAGGACUGGAACAAGCAUCGUGUCCUCGAAACCCCCAUCCCUAUGAUUAGCUCGCCGGCGGGAGUGAUGUACCAUUUCAUCUGGGACGAGGAUGAAACAACGGGCAGAGGGCGCUUGGUCUGGUUGAUUGAUGGCAGGCCCAUCAUGAGGGCCGAGAAGCCGCCUGGCACGAGAAAGAUGAGCGAGUUCAGAAUCCUCAUCAACAUUGCUGUGGGAGGAAAUGUUUGUCAGGGAAAUAUGCCCAGCGAUGGAUGCUAUGAGACCGUGGUUCGGGAGUUGGCCAUGUGGGAUGCGCCGCCUGGGGGUUGGAGUGAAUUUGAUAGGGCUUGGAUUUAUUCCAAAGAUGGCAAUACCAUGUAA